CCAGAACAGCCAGAACAGCCAGAACAGCCAGAACAGCCAGAACAGCCAGAACAGCCAGAACAGCCAGAACAGCCAGAGCAGCCAGAACAGCCAGAACAGCCAGAGCAGCCAGAACAGCCAGAGCAGCCAGGGAAGCCGGAACAGGUUGCCAAGUCUGACUCUGACGGAGACUCGCUUGACGCGGAUGAGCUCAACGCUAUUAUGGCAAAACUCAACGAAUCCGACGUUGGAAUCGAGAGGGUCAACACGCCCCAGUCUGCUGCCAAUCGCAUGCCCCAGACCGCAGUGGCAGGGCCGUCGAAAGAAAAGCGACACGGUCCCGCAGACAUCAGAAGUGACCCGCCCAGCCCCAGUCCCGGCCGGGGACAUGUCUCGCACGCGUUGGAUGUUCCGAAACUAGAUUUCGAUGCCCAGUCCCACUUCGCGGCUACUCCUUCCAAGGGCUUUGCGUCCGGAAUGCCGUCGCCCAUCCGGAAACUCAUCAACCAAAAUGACCAGAUCAGCGACUGGGACGAUGUUAUCACGUCCGGCGAGGAAGACAAGCUGGUGCACCGAAGCAAGUUCUUUGACCGUCGGAUCAAUGACCUCGUCGGCUCUGUGGUCGACGAUCGUCUGUCCCCUCUGGAGCGUGCUCUGAGCGCCAUUCAGCAGUCGGUCUCGGCGAUCACCCUGUCAACGCAGAACAAAUUGGCCUGGACCAGCACAUCUGCUGAGGCGGAGAGCGAUGCAGACGACGAGGACGAGUAUUAUGAAAAUGACUCUCAGCGAGCCCGGUCCCCACCGAGAGACCGGAAGCUUGAUCGGCUGAAGAAUGUCAUCCUGGAAGUGCUGGCCCAGCGUGACACGCAGGAGCCCGCGGAGAAACCCGAAAACACCGAGCUAGUGCAACUCCGGGAUAGCGUCGCCGAAUUACAAGCCAUGACCGAAGAGAAAUUGGCUCAUGACCCCACCGCCGGCUUGCGGGAGAUGCUCCAGGAAGUAGUCGCCAAUCAGUUCAGUAUCCAGAAUGCUCGCCCGUCCGAUGCGGACGAGAUUGGUGCCGACAGUCUGAUGCUCCAGAUUGACGGCCUGAAGAACAUGCUGAGAAUGACCGACGAGAGAGCAGAACAGGAGUACAAAUUGCGCAGAGAAGCACAGGAUUCCAUGGCAGAGCUCCAGCGACUGCUCAAGGACGUUGAAGACGAUGCCGCUCGCCACAGUGAAGCCGCGGAGUCUGCCGAGGCUCGCUUCCUCCAGUUCAAGGAAGAGAAGAUCCCUUACUUUGAGCAGGUCCAAUUCAGAGCCGAUUCCUUGGAGCAGGAGCAUGCCAAGCUCAAGCUUACCCUGGCUGAAAUUUCCUCGAAGAACAUUGAACUCGAAGGCCACUUGGAUGAAUACCGUGUCUCUAGCGACAACUGGAAGCGUGACAGCGAGCGGUCGAAGGGAGAACUUGAGGAAGUCAAGCAGGAGAACAAGGGCCUGCGUAGCUCCAUCGAUCAUCUCAAGACGCGCAUUGAAGACGGCAUGAGCAUCCGACACAACCUCAGUGAGAAACUGGAUCGCCUUCAGGAUGAAAUGGCCACGGCCUCCGGGGAUAUUACCCGCGAGCAGGCCAUCUGGCGCAGGCGGGAAGAAGAGCACGUGGCUCGGUAUAACGAACUCAAGGCGGCUUACAGCCGAGAGCAGAAGCUGCGUGAAAAGCUCGAGGUUGAUAUCAGCGAACUCGAGCAGCAGGAGCGAGAAGCCGCCAAACUCAAGUUCAUCUUCGGGCAAUCCCAGCAGGAGAACGCCAGGCUGGAAGAGCUGGUGGCCAACCUGCGGGUCGAAACCCACGACAUGGAACUCAAGGCGGCCCGUUUCGAGCGUGAAUUCAACGAAGCCCGCGAGAGCAGCCGUGUGGAGAUCCAAAGGACCCGAACCUCGAUGGAGGCCGAUGUCGAGGCCGCCAAUAGCCAAGUUAACAUCGUGCGUGCCGAGUUGGAGGCCCAGAUUCUCCGCCUGCAGAGUCAGAUGGAUAACGUUCGCCUUAACAAUGACACUGAGCGUGAACGCUACGAGAUGCUGCUCGAGGAAGCCACCGAGACCAAGGCCAGCGCCUUAGCUGCGGCUGCGGAAUCGCGGGAGAUGGCCGUGGAAGAACAACGGAGUAUGCACGAGCGCGUCCUCAAUGACCUCCGGGAGCGCCAUGCUCGUGCCUUGCACAACUCGUCCGAGGAUCGACAGCGUGCCGAGACUCACCUGAUGGACAAGUUGGCAUUGUCAGAUGACAAGGUUCACCAUCUGCAGGAUCGUGUGCAGCACCUGGAGGACAGACUCGAAAUCGCUCAGUCUGCUGCUCGGGCCGCUGCGGAGGCUGCCCAGAUGGCCAAGGCAGGAGGGUCGACUUCCACGCCUCCUCCCAUCAUGCCCGUCAACACCCCCUCGAUGUCGUUCAAUGGAUCCAUGGUUCCUGAAAAGAUUUCUCCCCAGGCGCUGCGCGAGUCCAUUCUCGUACUCCAGGACCAGUUGCAGCAGCGUGAGACUCGUAUUGAAGAGCUCGAACAAGAAGUCGCAUCCGUGGAUAAGGAUGCUCCCAACAAGCUCAAAGAGAAGGAUACGGAGAUUAACUGGCUCCGUGAGCUAUUGGGAGUCCGAAUCGACGAUCUACAGGAUAUUGUCACCACUGUGUCGCAGCCCUCGUUUGACCACAACGCUGUCCGUGACGCUGCUAUCCGUCUGAAAGCCAAUCUGCAGAUGCAGCAACAGGAGAAGGAAAGGGUCGCGUCUGGAGGACAGGGUCUCCCAAGCAUUCCGUCGCUGUCUGAGAUCCGGGCAUCCCCUCGAGCACUCCCGCUCGCCGCGGCUGCAGCAUGGGGUAACUGGCGCAAGGGCCGGGAGGGAACAAACGCCAACACUUCGAACCAGACUCCUUCCAAGCCAGGCCACGCCACUACUUUCCUAUCUGGUCUCCUGACGCCGCCUAGCUCCAAUCGACAGGCGGUAAUCAAUGCCCGGGCAUCCGCAUCAGGCGCGAGACGGUCGUCGGAGAGUCGCCCGCUAAGGAGCGUCAACAGUACACCUCGACCGCUGUCCUCGCGGGCCGCGGGCAAGAUGCGCGAGCCUCCAACCACUCCCCCUCUUCUCCGGGGGUCCAGCUAUGACCGUGACGCAGAGCCAACAACCGACUACGAAGAGACCUACGGACAGGCCUACGGAGAGAGUUCUCCGGGUUCCCCGGAAGAAGAAAAUGAAAGUACGGCCGACGGAUUGGUCUCUGCGUCUCCACGGGAUACCAAUGACGGACCAUUUGGACCGCAAAUAACAACAUAG